AGCGCGGAGCUCCGGUUUGGACCUCAGAAGUGAAGCAGAUCCGGUGUUCGGCGGCUCGGGGCUGCCUCCCGGUUCCUCCCGGUUCCUCCCGGUUCUCCGUCGGACUGAUCUGGGACCAGCAGCGGCUCCUCUCCCGUCCUCCUCCCUCCUCCUUCGGGUUUCUCUCCACUCCGGGAUGGACUGUGCUCGGCUUCACCUUUCCCUCCGCCGGUGACGCCUCGGUGGGAGUUCCUGUGGGAGGGAGCAGCAGCAGCAGCAGCAGCUCCGCUCUCUUCGCUCUCUUCUCCCCGCUGGGUUCCUUUUUCUUUUCUCUGGGUUUUUAUUUUUUUGCCAGCACCACCGCCACCAGCACUCAUCUCCAGGGCUGCAGCUCCGACAUGGGAAUGCAUGUGCAUCUGCUGCUCCUGCAGUACUAUCUGGUGUCGAGCUUCGUGUGCAACGCGGUCGCCUUCGUGGAGGAGCCGUCCGGAGGCAGGUCGGACGGCUACUGCGGGAGGAUCCUCCGGGCGCAGACCCAGGGCACCCGGAAGGAUGGGCACCACGAGUUCAGGCUGCGAGUGGAGGGAGACCCGGAGAGCUACCAGCCGGGCAGCACCUACAGAGUCGUCCUCUUGGCCACCAGCCCCUCUUAUUUCCGAGGAUUCACACUGAUCUCGCUGAAGGAGGGCCGGGAGGGAACCGCGGACGACGACUACACCGGACACUUCCAGAUCAUCGACGAAGACGACACUCAGUUCAUGACCAACUGUCCUCCGGCGGUGACGGAGAGCACGCCUCGGCGACGCACCAGGAUCCAGGUUUUAUGGACGGCGCCCCCUACUGGGUCCGGCUGCGUCAUUCUCAAGGCCAGCAUUGUCCAGAAGAGAAUCAUCUAUUUCCAGGACGAAGGCUCGCUCACCGUCCGGCUGUGUGAAAAAGAGAAUCUGUUGGGUGAAGCUACAGAAGCUCCGGCCAUCGAGUGCUGCGCCUGCGGAACCGCCAAGUACCGGCUGACUUUCUACGGAAACUGGUCAGAGAAGGUUCAUCCCAAAGACUAUCCCAGACGAGCGAACCACUGGUCGGCUCUGAUCGGAGCGUCUCACUCCAGAGGAUACGUUCUGUGGGAAUAUGGCGGCUACGCCAGCGAGGGAGUCCGGCAGGUCGCAGAGUUCGGUUCUCCGAUCAAGAUGGAGGAGGAGAUCCGACAGAAGGGAGAUGAGGUUCUGACUGUGAUUAAAACGAAGGCCCAGUGGCCGGCCUGGCAGCCGCUCAACCUACGAGCGGCUCCGUCAGCAGAGUUCUCUGUGGAUCGGACCCGACACCUCAUGUCCUUCCUCACCAUGUUGGGACCGAGUCCGGACUGGAACGUUGGACUUUCAGGAGAAGAUCUGUGCACCAAGGACUGUGGUUGGGUCCAGAGGCUGGUGACGGACCUCAUACCCUGGGACGCUGGGACUGACGGCGGAGUAACAUAUGAGUCGCCCAACAAGCCCACCAAUCCUCAGGAGAAGAUCCGACCCCUGACCAGCCUGGACCACCCCCAGAGCCCCUUCUACGACCCAGAGGGAGGCGCAAUCACUCCGGUAGCCAAGGUGGUGGUGGAGCGUAUCGCUAGAAAGGGAGAACAGUGCAACGUGGUGCCCGACACCAUCGACGACAUCGUGGCCGAUAUUGGACAGGAGGAGAAGGAGGAAGACGACACUCCGGAGACGUGCAUCUACUCGGGCUGGUCGCCGUGGUCGGCCUGCAGCAGCGCCACGUGUGAAAAAGGUCGCAGGAUGAGGCAGAGGAUGCUGAAGGCUCAGCUGGACCUCAGCGUCCCGUGUCCCCACACCCAGGACUUCCAGCCCUGCAUGGGCCCCGGAUGCAGCAUGGAGGAGCCGUCGACCUGCAUGAUGUCGGAGUGGAUCAGCUGGUCGGCCUGCAGCGUCUCCUGUGGGAUGGGGAUGAGGUCCAGAGAAAGAUACGUCAAACAGUAUCCUGAGGACGGGUCGCUGUGUCAACUCAACACCGAGGAGACGGAGAAAUGUGUCGUCAACGAAGAAUGCUCUCCCAGCAGCUGUGUGGUGACUGAGUGGGCCGAGUGGGAUCCCUGCAGCGUCACCUGUGGGAUCGGCAUGAAGCGACGUGAGCGGAUGGUGAAGAUGCCUCCGAUAGACGGAUCCAUGUGUAAAACCGAGGUGGCCGAGGUGGAGAAAUGCAUGAUGCCGGAAUGCCAUACGAUCCCCUGCAUGUUGUCUCCGUGGUCUGACUGGAGUGAUUGCAGCGUAACAUGCGGUCGUGGAGUUCGAACACGUCAACGGAUGUUAAAGUCGGAUCCUGCUGAGUGCACAGAGGAGCUGGAACAGACGGAGAAGUGUAUGCUGCCGGAGUGUCCGGUUGACUGCAUGGUCUCCGAGUGGUCUGAGUGGUCCGAGUGCAACAAGUCCUGCGGAAAAGGACACACUAUUCGGACCCGGAUGGUGAAACUGGAGCCUCAGUUCGGAGGCAGCGCUUGUCCUGAAACCAUCCAGAGGAAGAAAUGCAAGAUCAGGAAGUGUCGGCCAAAGACGAAGGAGGAGAGAGGAGGAGGAGGAGGAGGAGGAAACAGGAGGAGACGAGGGAAACAGGGACGAGAUUCAGCCGUGGAGGAGCAGCCAGCCGGUUGCCGGAUGCAGCCGUGGAGCAGCUGGACGGAUUGUACCAAACACUGCAGUGGGGGGAUCCAGGAGCGGUUCAUGACAGUGAAGAAGAGGGCAAAGGGCAGCGGGACGGCGAGCUGCAAGGACCGCAAGGAGAUCCGAGCCUGCAACGUUCAUCCCUGCUAGGGGGCGUCGCCAACGGGCUGGUUUAUUAAAGAUGAUGGGGUUUGAUUGAUCUGUGUACAGCGAGGUGAGGGCAGGAGGACGGGGUGGUUUGGGACAAAUAUGAGGAGUUUAGCUGAGACGAAGGAAGACGUGCUGUUUAGUGAAGCCAUUGUAGAUGUUUAGUUAACAGGCUGACUUUUAUUUUAGACCACGGUGGAAGUUUUAGAGAGAAACGUCUGUGUCCUGCAAAAAAAACAACAACUUUUUAAUGAUUUUCUGUACUUUUGGCCUCUAGUGAACUCUAGAGUUUUCUGGAAAUUUUCACCAAAAAUCUGGGAAUUUUUCCUCAAAGGCACCUUCUAUGAACCUUUAAAUGUGUCAUAACCGGAUCUCUUUUCCUCCAGUUAUUUUUCACACCAAACUUCUUACAGAGUUUUACACAAAAAAAAUCAAUAGUCCUCUCAGUCUGGUGUUAAAGUUUCCACAACUGUGACUCCACUUGGAACUCCACGAGUAUAUGGACUUUUUCUGGACGUCUGCUACCCUUCAGGGGUUUUUAAUGUCAUAAGGGCAACAAAUGUUGGAGUAUAGACGCACAUCUAAGGUAGAUGUGUGAAAAAGACCUAAAAAUAGUAGAAUAAGAAGAACUACUGGUGUCUGCAGCUGUUCUUGUACCAGGAACUUAGUCUGUUGGGUAAAUUUGAAGCUAAAAUUUGUACAAAACUUGAUCAAAAAGUUUUAGGACUGUUAAUGGAGCGCAACAUGUGGUAGCAGUACAGACGUUUUUAUGACGUUUAGACGUUCUUUUUUUCAGACAUAAGGUGAAUAGAUAGAUGUUGAUUACCUUCUCGAUGGUUUCGACAAACGCUCUCGCCUUCAUCAGUCAGUGAGACGCUUCCGAUGAAGGUGAAAGAGUUCACCGAAACUGUCGAGAAGGUAAUCAACAUCUAUCUAGUCACCUUAUGUUUGAACAAAAGAACUUAAAACUAUUCUACGAACCUUUACAUGCAUCAUAACCGGAUCUGCUUUAUUUUUAGAUUUCCUCCAGUUAUUUUUCAUGCUAAACUUCUUGCAGAGUUACACAAAAUGAAUCAAUAGUCCUCUCAGUCUGGUGUUAAAGUUUCCACAACAGUGACUUCACUUGGGUCCCCGAGAGUAUACGGACUCUUUCUGGACGUCUGCUACCCUUUAGGGGUUUUUAAUGUCAUUAGGGCAACAAGUGUUGGAGUAUAGAUACAGUGCAUGAAAUAGACCUAAAAAAUAAUAGAAUAAGAAGAACUACUGCCGUCUGCAGCUGUUCUUGUAGUAGGAACUUCAUCUAUCGGGUCAAAUUGAAGCUAUAGCUUAGCAAAAGUUGAUCAAAAAGUUUCAGGACUGUUCAUGGAGUGCAACGUGGUAGCAGGACAGGCAUUUUUAUGACCACCAGUAGGUAGAUUUGUGAUUUCUAGAUGGAGCUCAAACUGCUUUAAAGUAUAAAACAUCAGAUUCAGUAUCAUGCAGCAGCUGAAUGAUCCAAGUUCAUGCUUAAGACCAUGGUGGCAACCAAAGGAGGGUCUGCAGCUACCAUCAGGAGAAGAAACAACAGUUUAACAGUGGACGAGCUGCUGUUUUCUUCAGCAUUUAUAAAGUUGUGCACCAAGGCAUCCCAAGGCAGAGUUCUACUGGAGCGUCCUGAGGUGUCUGAGGAAAAACAUUCGAACACAACACUAAUGCACAAAGUUUUUGGCCACAACAGCUCGAUCCUAGCUCGCCGACUGCCCUACUUGGUAUAUUUGACUCUUCCUAACUCAAGUCAAAGGACUGCUUUUUCAAAGAGAUUUAGUGCUCGUCACAGAUGGCGUUGAAUAGAAGUUGUUUAACAGAGGUCCUAAUGUCAAUAGCACAAUGUCACGUGACCCCAUGGACCAUCUUGAAACUUUCUGAUCGACCCUUGUAGCUGUUUAUCCUGACUCACCAGAUCUAGACUUGGGGUGUAGGUCUCUCAUUUCCACUUUGAUUAGCAACAAAAUCCAAGCAGCAAUCUGUGCAUUGAAAAUGCUACAUUUUGCAGAGGAUAUGGAUUGUGCAAUAAGGCAUUCCUGCUUGAUUUUUUGGAAAAUUAGCAAUUUUUGAUAACAGUUCUCGCCUUCUUAUAUGCAAAUGUUCCACCAGAAGAGUUUCCUUGUAGCUAUUUUGCAGGAACACCAUCGCUGCGUCCUUCACUUAGCAUCAACUGAGACGAUUAUGAUGAUUUAAAGAACUACAAACAAGCCAGUGUUUCUUUCUCUUCAUAGGAGAAUCAUUAUAAGGUGACAUCAGACCAUUCUACACAGUACUGUUUGUUGAUUUUUUGCUUCGUAUCACCUGAGACGAUUGUAAUGAUUUAAAGAACUACAAACAAGCCAGAAUAUAGCAGAAUCAGUAUAAGUUGUUGUCAGACCCUUCUACACAGUACUGUUGGUUGAUUUCUUGCUUAGCAUCACCUGAGACAAUUAUGAUUGAAAGUCAGUGUUUUUCCACUCGUAUAACAGAGUGAUAAUGAGGUGCAGUCAGACAAUUCUACACAGUACUUUUUCAUGCAGUAGUGUUUUUUUAGCUUAGCAAAACACAAACAGUUAGCCUAAAGUUCACUUUUUAACAUGUUAUGUGUUACUAUAUUGAAUAAUGCAGCAUUUUACAGACUGUUAAUGUUUCAGUUGUAGAAAGGUUCCAGUCAAGGAGAGCCAGAGUAGCCGCUUCCAACAUUGUUUGUAUUCUUUGUGCUAAGCUAAGCUAACUAGCUGCUGGCUCAAGAUUCAUAGUGGCCAUAAAUCUAACUCCCAUAAUGUCAAACUUCUUUUUUAGAAGGGUCUCCUCUUUGUUGGAACUUCAUUUUUCCACUUUCUUACAACCUAAAUCAUUUCUAUUAACUAUCAAGAGCUUCAAACUUCAUUUUUGGUGAGAAUUCCCAGAAUUUCUGCGAAAAAAAAAACAGCCCAUGGAGGUAAUACGGAUUACAAAAUAGGUGAAAAUCUACAACCAUAGCUUUUAAAAAUAUAUUUCAAGCAUCUAAUUGUCAAAAAAUUGACAGAAAAGUAAACAAAACAUUUUUUUGCAAGACACAGAUGCUAACACAGGUUUUGCGUAAAGACUUCUGGAUGUACUGUACAUCUACUAUCUAACCAACACGUAUAAAUGACACUGCUAUGUAAUUACUAAAAACCACUUCCCCUACUAGACACAUUUAAAUGGAGAUGUUUUAUACUGUUCAGAUUAGUCUUUAUAUUCUGUACUGCUGUUUAUCUGUCGUUUCAGCUGAUGUAGCAUUCAGAAAACUUUCUUUAGCAUGUGCAAGGAGGACUUUUUUUCUUCGUUGUUCUUGUUUUUGGUUUGGACUUCAGGCUUUAUCAGCUGUACUUGUUGUCUUAAAUGACUGUAUCUGCCUUUGUUGGUUCCUGAAAACCCAAACAGACGGAGCCUUAGAAGCGUCACGUCGAGUUCAGAAAUUAGCGAACAUACAAGUUUCUACAGUAUUAAAGCUGUAGUUUAGCUCAACAUGCAGUAGACUGUUACCGGGCCCUCAGUUACUACACUCUUUAUUUCCAUUUAUUGUUUUUUUUUAUUAUUGCGCUUUUCAUUGUGUUGCCAUGAUGAGAGUGAUCUGUAAAACCUUUUUUUUUUUAGUAUUACUUAGCUGAUUAUGUUGCAGUUUUUUAUUCUUUUUUACAUCACCACCAAAGUUCUGUUUUCUGUAGAUGUUUUAGGGUUUUUUUUAGUUUACAGACCUCUUUUUGUUAUUUCUUUGCCUCUGUAUCACGUGACUAUUUUGUAAGAAACCACCUUUACAAUAAAAAAAAAGUAAAUGUGAAAACCGUGA